UGUACACUUUGGUACACAAUUCGUACAACAUUCUCACAUCAAAACCAAGAGAACAUGGUGGCUUCUAAUGGUGAGGACACCGAAAGUUCCUCCACCAGAAAGAAAAAGGAGACCUCCGCAGUGGUAUAUCGCGGGGCACGCAUGAGAAGCUGGGGCAAAUGGGUGUCGGAGAUUCGAGAGCCUCGUAAGAAAUCAAGAAUCUGGCUCGGGACUUUCCCCACGGCGGAGAUGGCAGCUCGUGCGCACGAUGUUGCGGCGCUGAGUAUCAAAGGAAGCUCAGCAAUCCUUAACUUUCCAGAGCUCACUAACUCUCUGCCACGACCUGUCUCGCUCAGCCCAGCCGACAUCCAGGCCGCAGCAACAAAGGCAGCAUUUAUGGAAUUCAAAACACCAUCGCUUCAUCUCGAGGAUGGAACGCCAUCUCAAACUAGAUGUGAGACUGAGACGAGCGACAAGGCGUCGUCCUCACCCACUACGUCUACGCUCUCAGAGGAGCUAGGAGAAAUAGUGGAGUUGCCGACUCUAGACAAUGAGUUAAGUAAAGAUUUUGCGUUGUUCGACUCGUUGGAAGUAUUGGUCGGGAUGCCUCCAUGGCUAGAUGCUACCGAAAAAGAUCCAGUACUGUUUGACCCACUUUUCCAAGAAAGCUUGUUGUGGAAUCAUUAGUAAGAUUUUCUUGGAAAAGAAAUUUAUAUUUUGAUUCCUUCUCUCAAUAGUUUCAUAUGCGUACUUUAUCUCCAAGUACAACCUUAGAUUAGUAAAUACUUCCGCUAACGGAAUUAUAUAAAGUGUAAACAACACAAGCUUUCCUUGUUUCUUUUUUUUUUUAUCUUGCAUUCGAUUGUUCACAUAUAGUUAAACUUUGUGUUAUUAAUAUUUUUGGGUGGUUUAGUCAUUUAAAUGUAAUGAGUAUGUAGUAGUGGUUUACUGAAAGCAAGUGUUAAGUUAUUUAUAUCGCAGUGUUUCAAAAAAAAGUUAUUUAUAUUGCUUGUACGUGCUAGUAGAUAAAGAUCAAUACACCUAAGGUAAAUGAAAGAUUAAAAAUAAAUCA